UGCAGCGAGCUGGAGAAAAGGGGCAGGGGGAAAAGCUGGCGCGUCAAAAAGGGGAAACGAAGGAACGGCUGGGACAUUGAGAGAGAAAGAGGGUUGGGUCACGUUUAGGAGGAAGAAAUUAUCGCUUGCAUUUAAAUUACACUUUUCACUGGUAUCUUUCGAAGCAAUAUGCGACCACUUGAAUACUUUCCAAAGUCUAAAACAGCGCGAUAAAGCAGGAAACGCCGCAAGCUCUCGCAAACGAUCCCGUCUUUCUGAGUAAAUAAUUGCUUUUGUGAUGUGGGUUAAAAGAUCAGUCAGGAUGCCCAAGCUGGAGGGGUUUGAUUUCUGGAGGACAACGCUAAAUGGCGCACGAUACGUGGUUGCUCCAAUGGUGGAUCAGAGUGAGCUUGCAUGGAGGUUGCUUAGUCGUCGCCAUGGUGCCCAUCUCUGUUACACACCUAUGCUUCAUGCUCAGGUAUUCGUGCGGGAUGCAAAUUACAGAAAGGAGAACCUGUACAAUGAGACAAACGCAGAAGAUCGACCACUUGUCGUUCAGUUCUGUGCAAAUGACCCAGAAGUGUUUGUCCAAGCCUGUUUGCUCGCUCAGGAUUACUGCAAUGCCAUUGAUCUCAACCUGGGUUGUCCACAGAUGAUUGCAAAACGAGGCCAUUAUGGAGCAUUUCUACAAGAAGAAUGGGACUUGCUACACAAAAUGCUUUCUGAGGCACAUAAGAGAAUCUCUGUUCCCAUCACCUGCAAAAUUCGUGUCUUCCCAGAAGUCAGUAAAACUGUGCAAUAUGCAAAAAUGCUGGAGAAGGCAGGUUGUCAGCUGCUGACUGUUCAUGGUCGUACAAAGGAACAAAAGGGGCCCCUGACUGGAGUGGCUGAUUGGGAACACAUAAAAGCUGUGAGGAAAGAAGUGAACAUUCCAGUUUUUGCAAAUGGCAAUAUCCAGUACUUAAGUGAUGUAGAGCGAUGCUUUCGAGAAACUGAUGUACAAGGUGUAAUGAGUGCAGAGGGAAAUCUGCACAACCCAGCUCUGUUUGAAGGCCGAAAGCCACCUGUGUGGGAGAUGGCAGAAGAGUAUUUAGAGAUUGUCAGCCAGUACCCUUGUCCACUUUCAUUUGUCAGAGCCCAUCUCUUCAAACUCUGGCAUCACACGCUACAGGUUUACCAUGAAUUAAGAGAGGAAUUAGCAAAAGUGAAAACUCUGGAGGCCAUUAUAGAGGUCAACAAAGAACUUAAACGAAGGUGUCAGGAUGAAAUAUCCAACUUAAAAGAAGAAGAAACUAGAGAAAACCAUUUGCCUCUUCCUCACUGGAUUUGCCAACCGUAUGUCCGACCAGGACCCAAGGACAGUAAUUCUCAAAAUGGGGAACAACCUAAUGGUGGGAAAACCAGUGGAAAAAGAGCGCUGGAAGAGGAAGAUGGGAAUCUUGAAUCCCUUUCAAAGAACAAACAGAAAAAGAAAGCACGAAAUCCCAAAAAAAAUUUUGAUACUUCAGUGAAACCUAAGUAUGUGAAAUGUGAACAGUGUGGGAAUCCAAAGGGAACAAAAUGUAUUUUCAACUUGUGUCGUGGCUGUUGUAAGAAGAAAGCAUUCAAAGAGAUGGCUGACUGUGCAGGUCAUGGAUUACUCUUCAAAACUAAACAUGAGAAGAGAUUGAAAUGGAAACUAAUGGAAGAGGGAAUACUGGAAAAUGGAGACAGAAUUCAUGAACAUUUGGAUUCCUGAAGAAAUUGUCCAUCCCAUUAAAUUUUAAUGGAUAUUUGGUUUGUUGCGCGCACACACACUUAAAUGUAUUUAUGCACAGGGCUCAAGGUUAAGAUUUCUUUUACCAUUCAAGUAUUAGUUUUGAACUAUGCUAAGAAGCAUUCUGGUCAACUAACUGUAUUAAUCUUGUGAUAUUUGCACAGUAUUCCCAUGUCCCAUUUGACUUUUAAUUUUGGUUUCCCGGUUCCCCUUCUGAUUUUAAUACUUAGCUGUCGAGCAAAUGAACAAGAACGUUUUGAAGCCAUCAACAAAACUAUACUUCCAAUAAUUAUUUUAAAUACCUAUCAUUCUGUUGUCCUUUGAGAAUAAUAAUCCAACGGGAAAGUUAAAUAAUCCAAUAGCAAAUAAAAUGGUCUCCAAUCUGCUAACUUACCAUGAAUUUCCCGAACCCCAAGUAUCUACCAGAUGUCAGUUAAUCAUUCUUAACCUUUUAAAGACAUUUACAGGAAGGAAGCUUCCAGUGCAUAAAUUUUAUUUAUGGUAGUUUGUAAAAGAUGCUUAAUUGGUCUAAGAAAUUUUAAAGUAAGUAGAACAUUUUAAUAUUAUCUUACAUGACAUUACCCAAAUAGUUCAUCAGUGUCGUGCACUGGUUUUGGGAACUGUUGUGACCUCUGCCAUACUGAACACUUGAGACCCACUGUGCAAGGCUCACUAAUUCAAGAAAAACUUCCAAGAAUGCAAACAAAAGUCUGAUGAAAGUGUAUGCUUGAAGGUACUCUGUUUCAGUCUUUCACUGUUGCAAUGUGAUGCCAUUUGGCAUUGCCAUUGACAAUAAUUCAGCAAAUAUUUUAUGACUGAGCUUCACAGAUGAAAUUUUUCCUUAAAAUUGUGUGGUAUCAAAGGAAUGUAUUUGCUUUCUUAAAAUAAAUGCAUUGUAUUAAAUUAAGUUAUUGCAAUGGAAUAGAAAAUAAAUUCCUAAAAACAACUACAAUGUAUUUCAUAGGUGGCAGUUGGUUGAACGUAUAAAUCUCAGAAAUAACAAUCUAUAACGAUGAUAAUAGAUGCAUCAGUUUACCUUUUAAGGCUCUUUAUUUUGAUUUUUUAUUUUUGUUGCAAAACAUUUGAUUCAUGAUUGUAUAGUGUGGCUGGUUAUAGGAUAAACAUGUGCAGAGGUUCUCUGUGCUUGAAGUGACUUCUGUGUAAUACAAUUUAAUGCAUGCAGGUCAAAUGUUCUUGCCUGAGCUUUUCUCAUAAUCCUUUUGACCCUGAAGCUUCGAGUGCAUCAUCAUUAUUAUGGGAGGAUAAAGGAGAAUCACAUAGCUUCACUGAAUUCUUGUUAUUACGGGCACUCUGAUCUCUAGCCAUAAUUCACACAAGGAUCUGCAAUGAUUUGUUUCUUGCCAUUAAAAUAACUAGCAACGUAAAAAUCUGCUGCUAUUCAAGGUACAAACAUGAGCUCACAGUAUCUUAGAGGGUGUGAUUGGUCAAAUUAAUAUUAAAUGGGUUGUUAGUAAAUUAAGGGAGGAUUGGAUUGAACCUCUACAAGCUUCCUCAUUUGUGUCCAGCACGUUUGGCUUUGCAUACCCUCAGAAUGCAUAGAGUCUUUACUAUUCCUUGCCCUUUGAAUCUGGGUAAAUACAUUUGAGCAUGAAGCCUUUGAUGAAUAUUCAGAGAUUUUAUUAAGACUGGAUGUCAAGUUUUAUUUUAUUUUUGCAUAA